AGCAGAAGGAUGAAGACUGUAGACUGAAGCAGGACUGACUUCAGAUCAGAAGAUGAGUGAUUGUGUGGAGGAAGAGGAGGACAGAGCAGAGCCUCCAGUCUCUGGCUGUCUGUCUAUGAAGAGUGAUCAGUCUAAAGAUGAUCCUCUGACCUUCAGUAAUGAACCUGGACCCUCAGAGUCAAAAGUUCAGUUCAGACAGAGAGCAGAGUCUCCAGUACCCAGCUGUCUGUCUAUGAAGAGUGACUGGUCCAAAGAGGAUCCUCCAGACUUUAGUAAUGAACCUGGACCCUCAGACACAAAAGAGAAGACGGAGGAGCUGAUGUCCAGAUCCAGAACAAGACCUGGACCUCAGACAGCCAGUCAGACCAGCACUGUACAAACAGAUAACAUUCUGCAGGAGGUUAUAGAUGAACAUAAGAUCAGUCUGAGGAAGAGAUGUGAAUGUGUGACUGAAGGAAGUGAUGAAACAGGAAGUGGAACCCUCCUCAACAGGAUCUACACUGAGCUCUACAUCACAGAGGGACAGAGUGAAGAGGUUAAUACCCAACAUGAGGUGAGGCAGCUUGAGACAGCUUCCAAGAAGAAGACCCUCCAUGACACCCCAAUCAAUUGCCACGACAUCUUUAAAGCCUUACCUGACCAACAGGGACACAUAAGAGUCGUUCUGACGAAUGGCGUCGCUGGCGUUGGAAAAACCUUCUCAGUGCAGAAGUUCACUCUGGACUGGGCAGAGGGCUUGGAAAAUCAAGAUGUCAGUCUGGUGAUUCUGCUUUCGUUCAGGGAGCUGAACUUGAUCAGAGAUGAGCAGUACAAUCUUCUCAGGCUGCUCCAUGUUUUCCAUCCAACAUUACAGAAGGUCACAGCAGAGAAGCUCGCUAUCUGUAAAGUUCUGUUCAUCUUUGACGGCCUGGAUGAAAGCAGACUUUCACUGGAUUUCCACAACAACGAGGUUGUGUCUGAUGUCACCCAGAAGUCAUCAGUUAAAGUGCUGUUGACAAACCUCAUCGAGGGGAAUCUGCUUCCCUCAGCUCUCGUCUGGAUAACUUCCCGACCUGCAGCAGCCAAUCAGAUCCCUCCUGCAUGUGUUGACAGGGUAACAGAAGUACGAGGUUUCACUGACGCCCAAAAGGAGGAGUAUUUCAGGAGGAGAGUCAGUGAUGAAGAGCAGUCCAGCAGAAUCAUCUCCCACAUCAAGACAUCCAGGAGCCUCCACAUUAUGUGUCUAAUCCCAGUCUUCUGCUGGAUCACUGCUACAGUUCUGGACCACAUGUUGACUACAGACCAGAGAGGAGAGCUGCCCAAGACCCUGACUGACAUGUACUCACACUUCCUGUUGGUUCAGACAAAGAGGAAGAAGCAGAAGUACAGUGAGGGACGUGAGACGAGUCCUGAGGAGCUGACAGAGGCUGACAGGGAAGUUCUUCUGAAGCUGGGGAGGCUGGCGUUUGAACAUCUGGAGAAAGGAAACAUCAUGUUCUACCAAGAAGACCUGGAGCGGUGUGGUCUAGAUGUCACAGAGGCCUCGGUGUACUCAGGAGUUUGUACAGAGAUCUUCAAAAGAGAGUGUGUGAUAUUCCAGAAAACAGUCUACUGCUUUGUUCACCUGAGUAUUCAGGAGUUUCUGGCUGCAGUCUACAUGUUCCACUGUUACACAAACAGCAACACACAGGUACUGGAGGCCUUCCUUGGAAAACAAUAUCUUCAUUCAACCCUUGAUGAUGAUGAGGGUGAUGACAGCGACAAUGACCAUUAUUCAUCUCUGGAUGUCUUCCUGAGGAGAGCCAUGGAGAAAUCCCUUGAAAGUAAAAGUGGCCACCUGGACCUGUUUGUUCGCUUCCUUCACGGCCUCUCUCUGGAGUCCAACCAGAAGCUCUUAGGAGGUCUGCUGGGUCAGACAGACAACAGUCCAGAAAUUAUCCAGAGAGUCAUCAACAACCUGAAGGAGAUGAACAUGUACGAUACCGAAACCUCUCCUGACAGAAGCAUCAACAUCUUUCACUGUCUGACGGAGAUGAACGACCACUCGGUACAUCAGGAGAUCCAAGAGUUCCUGAAGUCAGAGAACAGAUCAGAGAAGAAACUCUCUGCGAUCCACUGCUCAGCUCUGGCCUACAUGCUGCAGAUGUCAGAGGAGGUUCUGGAUGAGUUGAACAUGGAGAAGUACAACACAACAGAUGAGGGACGACAGAGACUGAUUCCAGCUGUGAGGAACUGCAGAAAAGCUAAACUUGUACUCUGUGGACUCUCAGAUACUCACUGUGAAGUUGUGGCCUCAGCUCUGAAGUCCAACCCUUCCCAUCUGAGAGAGCUGGACCUGAGUCUAAACAGAGACCUACAGGAUUCAGGAGUGAGGUUGCUGUCUGCUGGACUGGAGAGUCCAAACUGUAGACUGGAGUCUCUGAGAUUGAGUGACUGCAGGUUGUCAGAGAUCAGCUGUGUUUCUCUGGCCUCGGCUCUGAAGUCCAAUCCCUCCCAUCUGAGAGAGCUGGAUCUGAGUGGAAACUACAGGCUGCCUGAUUCAGGAGUGAAGCUCUUGUGUGGUUUUCUGGAGAGUCCACACUGUAGACUGAAGACUCUGAGAUUGUGGAGCUGCAGUUUGUCAGAGAUCAGCUGUGAUUCUCUGGUCUCAGCUCUGAAGUCCAACCCCUCCCAUCUGAGAGAGCUGGAUCUGAGUAACAACAAGCUGCAGGAUUCAGGAGUGAAGAUACUGUGUGGUUUUCUGGAGAGUCCACACUGUAGACUGGAGACUCUGAGAUUGAGUCGGUGCAGGUUGUCAGAGAUCAGCUGUGCUUCUCUGGUCUCAGCUCUGAAGUUCAACCCCUCCCAUCUGAAAGAACUGGAUCUGAGUGGAAACGAGCUGCAGGAUUCAGGAGUGAAGCUGCUGUGUGGUUUUCUGGAGAGUCCACACUGUAGACUGGAGACUCUGAGGACCGACAAGAAGGUCUACAGAGCUGCCAGACACAAAGAAUGUGACUCAGAUGUCGAACUGAAUGAGGACAAAAACCUACCUGAGGACGACAAAAAGGCUCCAAUAUCCUUCUCACCUGAGCAGACAGCUGAAUCUUCAUACAGCUUCAGGUGUCCUGGUCCAGGUGUGUUCCAGUGUGCUUUGACUGGACUGGUGUUUGUCAUGGCUCAGGAGGCGGAGCUACUGUACAGGACUGUCCAAUGGGAUGAGAGCCUCCUCCAAUCAGCUGGCAAAAUGGCUGCAGGGCCGCUGUUCAACAUCAAGUGUUCUGAGGAUGCUGCUCUCCGUCAGCUCCACCUCCAACACUGUGACACAAAGGAAGCAUUGCUCUGUGAUGGCCUGUUGUCUGUCGUUCACAUCUCUGAUGAUGAAAUGAGCAUCUUGGAGCCGCUGGAGAUUACAGACACUCAUGCGGUUGUGAAGAUCUCUCACCUCUCUGCCUUUGGCCUGAUCUGGGAUAUCGUUCUUAGGAUUCGGAACAUCUUCUUGCCGAUAAAUGGCCAAGUUCUGCUGUUCCUCCGACCUCCCAAUGCAACACAUCAAGUACUCGAUGUCUUUCUGCUGAACAAAAACGUCCUUGUAAGCGAGGUUGAGGCCCAACAAGGAGGUGCUAAGAACAUCAAGAUCUCUGCCAAGUGUCUUCUAAACUUUGGUCAAAGUUACAGUGUCCAGUGUGAACCUGAGGGCUUCACAAUACAACCUGAUUGUGCACCAUUUGACUCAGAUUAUGGACCAAAUUACCAUCCCACAUUUGAAGUUUUCCUGACUACGAUCCCAGAGAAAGUGACUCUGAUGGUCCGGGAUCAAGAGAGGACAGAAGACGUCUGGAAACGUGAUCUGUUUCAAGCAGAUCUAAGAAUGGAAAUCCCUCAGAGGAACAUCCCAGCAGAGGACCGCGUCCCACCAGAGGACAGUGUCCCAGCAGAGGACAGCGUCUCACCAGAGGAGAGGCUGCGGUUGGUUCGAACAAAAUUUGUAGAGGGAAUGUCUGAUCCUAAUCUGAACAAGCUUCUGGAUGAACUCUUUCAGCGUCGCGUUAUAAGCGAUGAUGAAAUGCAGUCAAUCAGAACAAAAAACAAGAGAGAUAAAGCACGAGACCUGAUCGACACGGUGCGACUAAAGGGAACUGAAGCCAGCUCAGUUCUGAUCGCUGCUCUCCGUAAGGUGGAUCCGUGGGUGUUCAGAUCUUAGGCUGAAACAAAAGCUAGAAGCUGGAGUGUGAUGAUGAAUCUCUAUAAUAUCUGGCUGUUUCAGAGACUCACAUCACUUAUUGUUAACUUUAAAUGAUAAAUCCCGCCGUGGAAGCCUGUGUGGACUUUCACUCUGAAGGUGAUUCACUGAAGUUUGGAGGAAAAGUGAAUUAAUUUUCAAGCUCUUGUGGUUUGGUUUCAACAUUUUAUAAUCAUUUACUUGGGAUAACUUCCAAUGUGUUGUUGGUGAUAAAGACCUGCGAUAGAGAGCUUGUGACAUUUCUAUAUGUUUUUGGACUGCCUUCUUAUUGCUAAUUUUGGAAGUUAUUAAUUAAGUUUUAAUUUGUUAACGUGAUAAUAACGUGCUCCUUUUUCCCUGCUGGGUUUUUGGUUGUUUGAUCAUUUUAUUCGUCAGUAGACCUUCUGUAACUUGUGCCUACAAUAAAGAUUUCAUUUCACACUGUGAU